CAGACUGAGACAACUUGAAGUACGUAACGUAUAAACGUAACGUAAUUCUCUCACCACAAAAUAAUGUCACGGCUUUGAUUUCUUUCCAAACCAAUCACCCCUAUUUUCCAUUUGUUUACGGAAAUGGAGUAUUCCGCCGCAGUGGCCGACGGGAAAUAAAAUGGCGUGCUUGUUGUGAAAAGAAUCCUCGUCAGUUGCCAAUAAUUUGGUUUUCUCUGGUGUCCUCAACUUAACCGUGAUGACGGUUGCAAACAUGUGACUACCGGGGCAUCUUGAACCUUCUUGGAACCGCUUCACACAGCACAUCACAGCAGGUGGGGGUACAUGUAGUUAGUGGGUAGGAGCAGUGAUGGGGAGAUGACAUGGCUUCACUGGAGGAUGUGCUCAGACUAAGCAGACAGCGGUCACAGAGUCUACGCACCAGUUCAGACUACGACGAGGAAAUACGAAGGUUGGAGCUGGAGGGGGUGCGGCUGGGGGCGGGGCUGGGUCCUCAGAGCCUGCCGGCCAGCAGGUCAUCCAGCCGACCGGAGGUGCCUGGUCUCAGUCUGGACACAACGACACCAUACUCUUCCGCAUCGGUCACUUCAGCAGGUCCACCAACAUCAAUCCGAGCCCUCCAGACAGAAGUGGACAGUGUAAAACAACACAUGCAGAAACAGGUGGAGCUGCUGCAAAAGUUCCAGGACCAGCUGAAGGUGAAGUCGUAUGAGGUCAACAGUAUCAAAGCAGAGCUGCGGGCAUCAGAGGCAGGACCGGAUCCUGUAGCGACCACCAGAGCUUCUAACGCUGCAAGUCAGGGCUCCCUCUCCGAACUCAAACGUCUGCAAGGUGAAGUGAAGAAGUCCACAGAAGGCUCCAGCCUGCGCACCAGUCCUGUAGGACAGAGCUACGUACAGAUCCGCUCCUCCCCCUCCGGUAAGGACCCGCACAUCUUCAUCCCCAGUCCCAGGGCCGUACGCAUUGCCGUGUCGCCUAGCAACUCGGAGAUCAUCGACAAGCUGAUGGGUACGCGGCCCGGCCAGGAGGUGAGGCUGUCGGGUACACAGACCGGCCAGGACCGGACCGGGGGCGCCAUGGCAACAGGAGGAAGGACGAGCGCGUUUGACACUGUUGGGAGGGGAGCGGAGGGAGGAAUGCUGCUGCAGGUGGAGAAGGAACGAGCCACGGCAAAGUCUCCUGAACUACAUCCACAAUCUCUGUCUACAAUAGACUCCCUCCAGGUGCAACACCUGAAAGAACAACUGAAACAGGCCAAUGAGCUGACAGAUCUGCAGAAGCACCAUUUCCGCGAGGCGAUCACGGAACUGCAGGAUAGACUGCAGGAGGCGCUACUGCAGCGGGAGAGACUGCUGGAACAGAGAGAAAACGAGUCCCGAGAACGUGACCAAAUUGUGAGCCAGCUUCAGUCUACGCUGAAGGAAUUGGAAUCUGCCAACAAGCAGCAAGAAAAGGCCAUGAUAGACACCAACUCCCGUGUGGAUGACCUCCAGAAGAACCUGAAGACAGCAGACGUGGCGCUGGUGCAGAUCCGCACCUUCCUGGCACAGGAGGAGGACGGCCAGGGCAGACCCUUCCUGGACGGGGAGAACGCCAGGGAGACUGGAGCAGCACUCCUGCCACAGGUCCUGCAGAAAUGUCUACAGGACAGGGACGUACACAUACAGACACUCACAGCUAAAGUCACCAAGCUUGAGCAGGAUGUUCGGGAGUCCCAGCAGAAGCUGCAGGAGGAACAGCACCGGCUGACCCGGGACAGCCAGGACAGGCUACAGCAGGUCGUACAGGAGUAUAAACAGCAGCUGGACAGCGCCACGGAGAGGGCCAACAACUCCCGCAAACAGGCCACGACACUCCAGACACAGCUGACACUGCUGCAAGAACAGACUCAAAGUCAGGUGGAAUUGAAGGACGGCCAUAUUGCCGACCUUGAGGCCAAGUAUUCCUCCCUGAGGGACGAACACAAGGACAUGAAGCAGGGGUAUGAGAAGAAAGUGCGUGAGCUGGAGCGAGCGUUAGACACGCUCCACUCAGAGCUGUCUAACCUGCAGCUGGAGAAGGAGCACUACCAGGAGUCACUGGAGGAGUGUGAACAGGAGAUGGCUCAGUUAAAGCAAAGCCUUGUGCGUGGUGACGAGGACCUGAAGAUCGAGCGUGAGCAGACGAAGCGGCUGUGGUCGCGUGACGAGGAUCAGAGCCGGCGGGUCCACACGCUGGAGGCCGAGCUGGAGGCCGCGUCUCUAGAGGUCCGCAGGCUGAAGGAGCUGGUCCAGACUGUCAAACAGGAGUGUAAGAACCAGAUGGAGAAACAGGUGUUAGAAGUGAAGGAACAGGAACAGCAGAGACUACAGGAGCAGAUCAACGUCCUGUCUGCCCAGCUGGAGACGGAGCGCAACCAGAGCCAGAAGCUGGGUCGGGAGUUCGAGUGGAAAACAGAUGACAUCAAGGCCCUCCGGCAGAGAGUGGAGGAACUGCAGCAUGCUCUGGAUGAUGCUCAGAAGCAGCUAGGCUCAGUGGUAGGAGAGAAGAACGAGCUGUCUGCAGUAGCGGAGGAGCGACUGCAGGACAUGGAGCGGGUACGACAGGAGCGGGCGCACUACAUCCAGAUGUUGGAGCAGAGGAACGAGGAGUUCUCCUCCCUCCAGAGCAGCCAUGAUAGGCUACAGGUCCAGUUGGAGGAGCGCGAGAAGAGCCUGUCAACCCUGCAGCAGCAGAGCGAGAACGUGUCCCACAUGUUACACCAGGGCGGACAGGAGGCCGCCACACUGCGGGUGGAGCUGGACCGGAUCAGCAAGGCACUGAGCGACAAGAUGGUGGAGACGGAGGAGCUCAGGAUGGGCUAUGAGACCCUGACCCAGCGGCUGCAGCUGCGUGAGAAGUUUCUGGUGAAAGUGGAGGAGGAGAAGAAACAGCUGAGUCAGCAGGUCAGCGAGAGGGUGCGAGAGGUCACCGAGGUCAUGCGGGAGAAGGACAGGGCCAGCCAGGAGCUGAAGGACAGCAGGUUCCAGGUAGCGUACCUGACAGACGAGCGAGACAGUCUGAAGGCGCUCCUGGAGGGGAGGGAGGGGGAGACAGAGCGACAGAUCAAACGUCUGUCCAGUAAGCUGAAGGCUGCCCUACAGGAGCUGGAGCAGACCAGGAAAGCUCUGCAGGCUAAGGAGAGUGUAGACAACAAAGCCUACCAUGUGGCAGAGACCAUCCAACAGGAGGUUACAGACCGCAGGAGUGAGAUUGACUCCCUGAAGAGCCGGCUGCACUGGCUGGAGGAGUGCCUGGAUACGGCUGUUAAGGAGAAGACAACUCUGCAGACAUCCAGCGAGGGACUGAACCUGAAGCUGGAGAAAAGCGAUGGACAGAUCAGCCGGCUGCAGGAGGAGCUGCUCACGGUGUCGGACAGGGAACAGGAGGCACGGCACAGGGUCACCAAACUGGAGAAUGCACUGGAGAAGGUGGAAAUGUUGAGUCGACUGGCUGCAGUAAAGCAUGCGAGCCAGCAGGCUCUGAUAGAGCAGCAGGAACAGGAGCUGGCCCGCAUGAAGCUCCGACACAGCCUGGAGCUGAGGGAGCUGCAGCGCAGGGCUGCGGGUGUUACAGGUGUCGCAGCUGACACAGCACCUGACGCAGCUGUGGCAGGUGUGGGAAGCCUCACUUCUGCCAAAGUGUCUACUCAGGGAGUUUUACACCAGACCAUUGCACCAAAGUCUCCCCCUGUCUCCCAAAAGCCUUCAGAUAGCUACCUCCAGAGCCUAGCUGCUAAUGCUGAUGCUGGGCAGGAACUGCGCCGGCUGCUCACGGACAUGCGUCAGUUGAUUGUGGACAGUCGGCCAUCCGACAAGCACAGCCGGUCAUCAGACAGACAUAGCCGGUCACCCGACAAACACAGUCAUCACAGGCACAGUGACAAGAAGCACCACAAGCAUCGGACAUCAGGGAAAAAGUCCCCUCCUAGCAGUGCGACUGUCUCGGACACGGAGGAGACUGAGACAGACAGAUACAGCAGAGCUCUCAACUCCACAACAUCAGAGGACACUGUCAGAUAUGCAGGUUUGGACCGGCCAGUGUCCUCGUCUUCCCCUAAGAAAAGCACAAAGUCUGAGAGGCAAACAGCUAAAUCUUACCAAAGCCGAAGGUCAUAUGACACGAACCGCUCCCCCUCCCCCAUCGAGUCACUGCUGUUGUCUCAUCCAGUAACCAGGGGCAACCAGAGUGCAAUUACCCUGACAACAGACGACCUUUCAACUGUACCGAGUACUGUUCCAAAAACUUCUCGCAGAGGUACAGAGUUGUCACGGGAGACAGUAGAGCUGUGCAGACGACUUGAAGACAAGCUGCAACACCUGUCACAGGUGGGAGAUCACCUCAAGAUGGAAAAUCAAGAAAUGGCAGCUUUGAUCAAGAGUCAUGACCGCCAGCUCAAGCGGGUGCGCCAAACUGAGAAGACAGUGCAGAAGGUCUGGAAAUGAUGAAUGGGCAACCUACUUGCAAAACAGAGUAAUUUAUGAAGAGUUUUAGUGUGGGUUUUGUUUCAGAAUAGAAGCAUUUUUUUAAAAUCACAACUGCACAUGUUUAAGACUGCAAUAUGUGUGUACAGGACCACUGGACUAAAGUAUUGGUGGACCCACAGUAUUUUUGUCAAACACAGAGUUGUCAUGUUGUACAUAUUCGGUACUGUGUUUACAAAGAGAUGUGAUUAUAUAAAUGUUAAGAGGGCUUUCCACAUAUUACUCAGGCAGCUAAUGUUCUGAUUUCUGUACAAAAGUCACAAAUAUGUAUUUUUACUGUACAUGAUAUUCUGCAAAGUUCCUUGCCAACUUUGCUAUGACGUUAUGUUGUUGGACUGUACUGUAUGUACUCAAGUUAGGCAAAAAAACUGAGGAAAUUCAUUUAUAUUUUCAUGUGAUACCGUUCCUUGUGUAGUAAGUUAUUCAGAUAGGUGAAGUUACAUCAAGUGGAGUGUUUGCUUCACCAAUGUACCAGUAAUUACUGUUGAAAGUAAGAUUCGUAAGGAAAAUGUUCCCAAUGAAUAGAGUUGUCCACAAGUAUAGAAAUAUAAAGUCCAAUUUGUAACAGAUUCUUUUACCAUUGUAUACAGCUAUGCAGUAAUUUGAUUUGCUCUUGGUCUGUGUAAGUUUUCAUGUUGUCAUUAUUAUUUCUUGUACAUACAUGCAGUCCAAAAUGCAUGAGUGUGUGUCUAAUAGUUGUAUAUUUGGAAUGAACAUUUAUAUGCUGCUGUUUUAUUUGUUUUGUAAGGUUUUUGAUACCAAUAUUUUGUUUUGUACUACAUGUGUAUUUUGUUUGUUUAGAUUAUCAAUGUUAUCUUUUUAAAGAAAUGACGCAAUCUCACAGACAAAAAUAAAGUGGUCCUGCUCUCAUGU